AUGGCCGGUGUCGGGGCAGCGGCCGCCCUCCCAGUGUCCCAGCCUAGCAACGGUGGCUACAAACACCGCAGCCACCGUAGCCACCGCCGACCAGCCGUUUUUUCCCCCCCGCCCUUUUUCCUUCCCCUUUGUCUCUGUGAGGUCGGGGUGUCCCAACAUGGGGACCCUGCUGAGCCACACCGUCUCCUCCUGCUCCCCGGGCCCCCCCCGGCCGUGAGGGGACAGCGGGGGCCGGGGGGAGCGCGGGGGGCUCCCCUGGGGGACGUGCUGACCCCCCGCGAGCGGGCCCUGCUCCGUGCCUCCGACCCCACUUCCAGGAGGCUGCCGGCGGAGCAGGGAGAGCCCCUCCGGAGGCCGGUCCCACCAGGAGGACACCAGGAGCUGCUGGAGGCCCACCAGAGCCAUGUGGCCGAAAUCCGGGCCAGGACCCAGCAGCUGGAGCAGCAGAGGGAGGGGCUGUGCCGGCGGCUGGCGGAGCUGGGAAGGGGGGUGGCCACAGACCCCCACCCCGAGCGGGAGGGACCGGAGCUGAGCCCGGCCCCACAGGCCCCGAGGGAUGAGGUUGGACGGCUGCAAGUGACACAGGGAGGGGCUGCCCUCCACCUCGACGCCCUCCUGCCGGCUGCUGGGCCACUUGCCGCCGAGGCCAGGGAGCUGCGACUGUCCUACCUGCGGGGCGGUGGGCACGACCCCACCAUCCUGGCCCAGCUCCUCCAGCUGCAGGCGGAGGCCACGGUGCUGGAGAAAGGGACUACAGGGCCGCGCAGGGGCAGGAGGCCAGAACCCUCUGAUGCUAGUGGACGGGGCCUGGAUGCGGCCCUGCUGGCUGUGGAGCUGGAGAACCAGCGGCUGGAGGACCAGCUCCUGGCACUGAAGGUCAGGAGGGAGAGGAGAGCCAACACCGGGUCACGGGUGACACAGCAGCACGCGGAGGAGCUGGCCCAGCUGCAGGCAGAGGUGGGGAUGCUGCGAUGCCACGUGGAGCAGAGGAGGCCAUGGCUGCCCCCUGCCAUCCUCCCGCCCCCCGUGGCCCCCCUGCUCCCACCAGCCACGGUCUCACCAGAGCUUCUGCCGGGACUCAGGGGGUGA